GCAAGCUUUAGGCUAUAAAACCAGGCUUCCGCCCAUUCGACCAGAUAUCAGUUCAUAGCAAAAAGCUCCAGACCAGACAUGGUUGCUUCAAAGGGUUUCUGCUGUUUGUUUCUCCAACUGCUGUUGCUGUCUUUCGUCUUUGAUGUGGCCAAUUCCCAGGGCUUGAAAGUAGGGUUUUACAGAAAGACAUGCCCCAAUGCUGAAGCCAUAGUUAAGAAGGUAGUAGAUCAAGCCAUGUCCGUCGCCCCAAGUCUUUCUGGGCCUUUGUUGAGAAUGCAUUUCCAUGAUUGUUUCGUCAGGGGCUGUGAGGGUUCAGUGCUGCUAAACUCAUCGACACAGCAAGCUGAAAAAGAUGCAUCUCCAAACUUAAGCCUUAGAGGAUAUCAAGUUAUUGAUAGAGUCAAGUCUGCAUUAGAAAAAGCAUGUCCUGGAGUGGUUUCAUGCUCUGACAUCUUAGCCCUAGUAGCUAGAGAUGUGGUCGUCGCGAUGAAAGGACCAUCCUGGAAAGUUGAAACUGGAAGAAGAGAUGGAAGGGUGUCAAAUAUUACAGAGGCCUUAACAAAUCUUAUACCGCCUACUGCAAACAUAACCCAAUUGAAAUCAGGGUUUCAACAAAGGGGUCUAAGUGUAAAAGACCUAGUGGUGUUAUCAGGUGGGCACACCCUUGGGACUUCUCACUGCUCCUCCUUCUCAAGCCGCCUUUACAACUUCACUGGAAAGGGCGACACCGAUCCGGAUUUGGAUCCAAACUACAUAGCAAAGUUGAAAACCAAAUGCAAGCAAGGAGAUGCCAAUUCACUUGUAGAGAUGGACCCUGGAAGCUUCAAGACAUUUGAUGAGAGCUACUACACACUUGUGGGUAAAAGAAGAGGGCUUUUUGUGUCUGAUGCAGCUCUCCUGGAUGACAGUGAGACAAAAGCUUAUAUGAAGCUCCAGGCCACUACCCAUGGAUCUACUUUCUUCGAGGACUUUGGUGUGUCCAUGAUUAAAAUGGGAAGAAUUGGAGUUCUCACCGGCUCGUCUGGUGAGAUUAGGAAAGAAUGUGCUCUAGUUAACUAAAGGAUAAGGUUUUUAAUAUGUUUGGUUUGAAGUUCUCAAUGCUAUAGCUCUUUGUUCAUGUGGGGUUUUAGCAACUGGGAUUGCUAUUGUUUGUAUGCUUGUGUUGCAAGAUUCAUGAUUGCUCCCUGUUUAAUUAUUAUUUAAUUUAUUCAGACGAUAAUAAUACUGUAAUUUAUGGCUUUGUGUUU